UACAAAUCACGUGACAGCGGCUUUCAGAGGAACCUGUGUCAGAAGCUGUCCUCUGAAGUGACAGCUCAGGGAACCGGGCAGCCCAGAAACCCAGGCGUGGAGACUGAUCCUGCGAGAGGAAGGGGUUCAUCAUGGCGGAUGACCUCAAACGAUUCCUGUACAAAAAAUUACCAAGUGUUGAGGGUCUCCAUGCUAUUGUUGUGUCAGAUAGAGAUGGAGUGCCUGUCAUUAAAGUGGCCAAUGAUAAUGCUCCAGAGCAUGCUUUGAGACCUGGUUUCUUGUCUACUUUUGCCCUUGCAACAGACCAAGGGAGCAAACUUGGCCUUUCAAAAAAUAAAAGUAUCAUCUGUUACUAUAACACCUACCAGGUGGUUCAAUUCAAUCGUUUACCUUUGGUGGUGAGUUUCAUAGCCAGCAGCAAUGCUAAUACAGGUGGAAGAACUUGAGGACAAACUGGGAAGCUGUACUUUCUAAAGAGGAUAGUAAGAUCUCAUUAUAUCCAGUAGCCUUCACUGUCUAUUUUCAUGUAAAAUAAUGACAGUAUUCAGUUGAAUGGUCAUUUUUUUCCUCUUUUGGUUAAAGUGGAAUUUUUUAAAGGUGUGUCUCCUUCAGAUUUCACCACUGUUAGAACUGUUAUACAUUCCUUUUCUGUUUUUUCUUCUUUCCAAGCUCUUUGAGCCCGCUUUGUUUCCAGCUAUGUCACUGAAGCCUGUAUUUAGAUUCCUCGUCUUUAAAAUGAGGGGUUUAGAUAUGAUGAUCUAUUGGGUCUCUUCCAUUUCUUAAUGUUUUGAAGCUAUAAAAUAUCAUAUGUGAAAACACUUUAUAAAUUGUAUAGGAUAGUAGUGGUGUCGAUAUUUUAAGUAUAUUAAACCUCAGUUCUGAUCAAUCAGUCGUGAUAAAAUCAUCAGUUGUUACAAAUUAUGAUAAUAUGCAGAACUGUAUUUUAGUAUUGAUACUUAGAACAUUUCCUUGAGAAUCCCAGAUGCUUUUAAUGCUCUGUGAGACAGAGGAAGAUCUUUAUUUUAGCAUAAAACAAGCAGUAUUUAAGAUAUAUAUAGCCUUCUACUCUGGUAAACUAAGGAGAAGCUAAUUUCUAGACUAGUUUGUUUCUUUCAGUGUAUGUUUUAUACUCCUACCAAGCAUCUUUAAAAUUAUUGUUUUCAUUUGAAAUACCAUUUAUAUCUUAGCUUUAUUGAAUUUAUAUAAUAAAUAUUUGAUUAUUCCUUUGCUAUCUACCUAUCUUGAUAAAGUUCAUUAAAAUUGGCUCAGGAAAAAAGUGUACCUUUUUUUAGUAAAAAUCAUGUGUAUUAUUCCUGAAUCAGUGCAGAUUUUGAAAUAAUAAGGUAUAAAUUAAAGUUUUCCUUUCAAAACUAACAAAAUUAUAGCACAUAUAUAAUUCAUUUUACAUCUUCUAAUACAUAUAAAUAUUUUCAUUUAUUUAUGUUAAUAGAUGAUACAAAUAAACUUCAUAAUGAAUAUGGGUUUUUGAUUAUUUAGAAUUACAAUAUUUUGUUUUAAGUAUGUUUUAGUAAUGGAGAAUGAAUUAUGUCUCAUUUACUUUUUUAGUAUUAUACAUUUUGAUAAACAUUUUUCUAAUGUUCAAAUUUUCUUAAUCUCUUUG